UACAGGGGCCACCCCCACACAAGCCAGGGAUACCGGCCACUUACACGUGACUAGCACCACGUCGGGUGAUUUCCAUUCCCCGUCACUCCGCGUGGUGCCCCAGCGUGUGCCCAGCCCUCGGCCGUUGUCCGAACCAGCAUCCAAUGGCAUCGACAACCGCCCAGCCUGCGCCUGGCUCCGGCACUAAACGAGGCCAGGCCUGCGAGAGGUGCUGGAAGCGCAAGCAAAAGUGCGAUAGGCUCCUGCCCGCAUGCACCGCGUGCGCCGACCUCGGCGCCGAGUGCCUCGCGCGCGCCCAGGAGGUCGACCUAGCCGCCGAAGAUGUCGGUCUUACCCAUGCCACCGUCCACAGCUACAUGGACGUCCUAAGGCAGCGCGUGGCCGACCUUCAGCGGAGCAGCCGACAGACCGAUGCCGCUUCCCCACCCCGGAAGCGUCUCCGCACCAACUCGUUUGGCCGGACGGGCGCCGUGACCGCCUCAAUGUCCCCGCCGGAUGCCGCAGGCGAUGAUUCGUCCGUGCGAGACACGAUGGGCGCCAUCGGCUUCCUGUCCAACAGCGCUAUGGCCGAACCUACAGCCGGCGGGGUGGGCGAAGGGGAAGGUUCGGUCUUGCCUCACCGGCUGGCGCACACCGAGGUUGUCCUCGCGGCCCUUGCUGUUGCCGGUCACGACCCUUCGGCGGCGUCGGCAUCGGCAUCGCGGUUUGGCGCCGCCGAGACUGCGCUGCUAGACGACCACCAGCUGCCGCUGGGACGUAAUGCCCUGCUUGGUCAUGUGAAGCGCUUCGUGGACUCGAGCCUUAUGGUUAUGGUGCCUUCGUACCUCGACGAAAAUCGCUUUAUCGAGCGCCUGGACGAAGUAGCGGCGGCGGCCCAGACGUCCAUUGGUAUUUCGUCGGUGCUGGCGCUGCACCGCUUCGACGCCUUCAUGGCAGCCGCGACGGGUAUUAUGAUGUCGCCCGACUCGGCGAGAAGCCUUGCCUUUGUGGCGGCGAGCCUGCACGGGGCGGCAGUGCGGCUGCUGCCGCUCAUCCUCCACCCGUCCAAAACACUGGAUGCGUUGCACUGCAUGUGCAUGCUGUUCGUGCACGCCCUGUUCAGCCCCGGCGGCGGCUCAGCCUGGCACCUGCUCGAUAUGGCCAUGAAAACGUGCAUCUCGGCGGGGCUGCACAAGGACCCUGGCCCCGGCCCGCACCCGGCUGUGGACGGGACAGGCGAGCACGACGCUGCGUGGCUGUUCUGGGCCCUGUACGUGCAUGACAGGUCGCUGAGUUCUGUUAUGGAUCGGCCCUUCAGUAUCCAAGACAGCGACAUCACCGUUCAAGUCCCGCCAGACGAGGAUGGCACCUCACUGGAAGCCCCUUCGGAAGCGAACAGGGCUAAAAGAGCUGCAUGCCGUCACCUGAUCCGCCAUGCGCAGCUCAUUUCCAGUUUGCGGGAUGGCGGCGGCAGUCCCAGCCCCAUAUUCUCCUACAGCAAUCUGUACUUCUGGCGAGGCUCGCUGGCCCCAACCGCCGGGAACCUUCGUAUCCCCGCCCAAGAGUGGACUGGUUACCUUGACCAGCUCUCGUGCCGUGCACUGAUGUGUCUCAUACGGCCUGGAACUAUCCAAAAUACGCAUGCACAUGUAGGGGCGCCCGGGGCCGCAGACCCAGAGCUCCUGCUUGGAAACAUGGCCGAUGUCGAGAGAGACGCCAUCGCCUCGUGCACCAGGCUUAUCGACCGGCUCUACACCCGGUCACGAUCAGAUGCCCAUCUCUCCGGCUCUUUCCUAGACGCCUACGAUGCUCUCUCGGCAGCCGUGAUGCUUGUUUGCCUCAAACGCCGGCGUCCGAGCCAGGAGCCGCCGGUCUCAACGGCGCUGGCGCAGGUGCUCAACUCCAUCAACAAGGCUUGCGCCGUCAUCACCGAUAUCUCUGGCCGCUUCCAUGGUCUCCGAACGUUCCAGGAGCUGGCCAUGAAGCUGUCGCUCAGGGUUAUGGAGGACGGCGGCAGCCAAAACGGCAUCACUCGAUGCGUCUUUUGCAUGAUUGUGCUGCCGCCGGCAUUCCUCCGGCCGAUUCUCCACAUUCUCCGGCUGCAGCCCGACAAACGCGACUCGGAUGCCGGGUCAUGGGUCAAGACCCCGCACUGCGCUGCUCUGGCUGGGCUUGGUCAUAUACCUGCCUAA